AUGGUUGAGAUAAUAAACUGUAAGGUAGUACCAGGUGAUCACGUGACCAACCAACACCGAUUGGUUGUGAUGGAUUUGAACAUCAAGGUAUCCCGAGUGCAUAGCACACCGAAACCUGGACCUAAGAAGAUCAAAUUGCAUAGAUUGAAGGAUCAGAAGAAAGGAGAGUUCAAAAAGAGAGUACUCGGGCUAAUUAGCCAAAGAAAUGAAGAUCUAAACUCCUGGUGGAAUGAAACAGCGGAAUUUGUGAUACGUGCAGGAAAAGAGAUUUUAGGAGAAUCUAGUGGAAAGAUCUGGAAAGAUAAAGAAACUUGGGGGUUCAGUGAUGAAGUACAACGGGCAAUAGCAGAAAAGAAAGAGGCCAAGAAGAAAUGGGAAAUCUCCCUAGCCGAGAGAGAUAAAGAAGAAUAUAAGACCAAGAAUAAAGUAGCAAAGAGGGCAGUGGCAAUAGCUAAUAGCAGGGCUUACGAUCAGUUGUAUGAAGAUCUAGACAGCAAGGAAGGACAGAAGAUAAGGAAUAAAAGCAAAAAGAUAUCGUACACAUUAAGCAAAUGA